GCUCUGGCCGCCUGUCGCCUCGGCUCUGUGGUGGGUCCUCCGGGCCGCGGAGCAUGCGCAGGGCAGCGCCUGCGGGGAUCGCUAUGGCAGCGGCGUCGCGGUGGGUCGGGCCUCUGCGCUGGCACCCUGGCAGGGCCGCCUCAGACGCCGCCGGCACCACUUCCUCUGUGGAAUGAGCGGGGCCUCCUGCCGCCGCUCGCCGCGCCCCCGCCGCUGCCGCCGCAUCCCGACUGUGGACCCGCUCCGGGAACAUGCCCCUGACCGCCUACUGCUACCUGCGUGUCGUGGGCAGGGGCAGCUACGGGGAGGUGACGCUCGUGAGGCACCGACGGGACGGCAGGCAGUAUGUCAUCAAAAAGCUGAACCUCCGAAAUGCCUCCAGCCGAGAGCGGCGAGCUGCUGAACAGGAAGCUCAGCUCUUGUCUCAGUUGAAGCAUCCCAAUAUUGUCACCUACAAGGAGUCGUGGGAGGGAGGGGAUGGUCUGCUGUACAUCGUCAUGGGCUUCUGCGAAGGAGGUGAUCUGUACCGAAAGCUCAAAGAGCAGAAAGGGAGGCUUCUGUCCGAGAGUCAGGUGGUGGAGUGGUUUGUUCAGAUCGCUAUGGCUCUGCAGUAUUUACAUGAAAAACACAUCCUUCACCGAGAUUUAAAAACUCAAAAUGUCUUCCUAACAAGAACAAACAUCAUCAAAGUGGGUGACCUAGGAAUUGCCCGAGUGCUUGAGAACCACUGUGACAUGGCUAGCACCCUCAUUGGCACACCCUACUACAUGAGCCCUGAAUUGUUCUCAAACAAACCCUACAACUAUAAGUCUGAUGUUUGGGCUCUGGGAUGCUGUGUUUAUGAAAUGGCCACCCUGAAGCAUGCUUUCAAUGCAAAAGACAUGAAUUCUUUAGUUUAUCGGAUUAUUGAAGGAAAGCUGCCACCAAUGCCGAAAGAUUACAGCCCAGAGCUGGCAGAAAUAAUAAGAACCAUGCUGAGCAAAAGGCCUGAAGAAAGACCUUCUGUGAGGAGCAUCCUAAGGCAGCCUUACAUAAAGCGCCAAAUAUCCUUGUUUUUGGAGGCCACGAAGGCAAAAACCUCCAAAAAUAAUAUUAAAAAUGGUGACUCUAAAUCCAAGCCUGUGGCUACAGUGGUUUCUGGAAAGGCUGAAUUAAGUCAUGAAGCCGUUCCCCCUCAACCACACUCUUCUGAGGGCUCCAAGACAUAUGUAAUGGGUGAAGACAAAUAUUUGUCCCAGGAGAAACCCAUAGUCAUUGGCCCCUUGAAGACACCCGCAAGUCUGAAAGGCCACACCUACAAACCAGACGUAAGCAAUACCGCAGAAUCGCUAGCCACGAUCAGUAGGGUGAAUAUUGACAUCUUACCUGCAGAAAGGAGGAACUCAGUGAACAACAGCUUAGUUCAAGAGAAUCAACGAAGACAUUUAGAUGCCUCUAAUGAGCUAGAAGGUAAAUGUAUUAUUUCUCAAGUGAAAGAGAGGCUGCAGGAUAACACUAAAUCCAGUGCUCAAGGAAACCGAAUUCCCACAUGGUCCAUUGACUAUGUCACUGGAGAAAGGAAUGACCCAGUGAAGCCUUUGCAGCCCCUAAACAAAGACCAAAAUUUAUCAAAGGACCAGUUCCAAGAGACUCCUCCUCGUCUUUUGCCUUCUCUUUCUACUGUUGGAAAAGUGGAUGUCACAUCAACACAAAAAGAUGCUGAAAACCAAAGUAGAGUGGUUGCUGGGUCUGUGAGCAGUUCGAGGAACAGAGAGAUAUCAUCAUCAAAGGACCGACCAUUAUCAGCAAGAGAGAGGAGGCGACUAAAGCAGUCACAGGAAGAGAUCUUCCCCUCAGGCCCUUCAGUGAGGAGUCCAGCGGGGCCAGGGAAACCACAAGAGGAAGGCCACCCUACCCCUGCUCAAUGGUUGUCUUCUGACUACAGCGUUGCUCAGGAAAGGAAACUCACCCAUUGUCUCUCUGAGGAUGAGUUAAGUUCUUCUACAAGUUCAGCUGAUAAAUCAAAUGGGAAUUCAAAGGAAGGGAAAGGUCACACAAAUGAAAUGAGUGACUUGGUACAAUUGAUGACACAGACCCUGAAGUUGGACUCUAAAGAGAGCUAUGAAGAUCUCCCGGUACCAGAGCCAGUGUCAGAAUUUAAACUUCAUCGGAAGUAUCGGGACACGCUGAUACUUCAUGGGAAAGUUGCAGAGGGGGCGGAGGAACUCCAUUUUAAAGAGCUACCUUCAGCUAUCGUGCCAGGUUCUGAAAAAAUCAGAAGAAUAGUUGAAGCCUUGAGAGCUGAUGUAAUUCGGGGCCUGGGGAUUCAGCUUUUAGAGCAGGUGUAUGAUAUUUUGGAAGAGGAGGAUGAAUUGGAAAGAGAGGUACUUUUGCGGGAGCACAUGGGUGAAAAAUAUGUGACUUACAAUGUGAAAGCUCGCCAGUUAAAAUUUUUUGAAGAUAAUGUAAAAUUUUGAUAAUUUACCUAAUCUGCUGCCAGAAUGAAACUAUUUUCAAAGGUUUUUGGCUUAAACAAAAACAAACAAACCUAUAAUAAUGACUGGAGGCCAUUCACCAUCCUUAUAUUUUGUUGGGCCUUUUUUUACUAGAAAAAAAUUGGACAGAGUAAUAUGAAGCAAGCUUAUUACAAAAGAAAAAAACCUUUGGCUAUCUUAUUCUCUUUAUGAGGGAAAAUCUGUUGUACGAUGUUUAUUUGGUUACUGUUUACUGAGCCUUAAACCAACUUGAUAUCUAGAACUAUUUUUUUUAAGGUACUUAUUAGCUUGAAUACAGGGAUAUAACAUACUGGAUUGGAAGUUUUAUAUUAUACUAUAGUGACUAAAGCAAUAGGAGAAAUAAAUGACAUAUAUCCAGUGAUACUACUUUUUACUGUUAAUAACCUUAAGUAGAAGUUGAUAAAUUAUUUUUUUAAUAAUUCUGGGAGUAGAUUUAAAGAUAUGGCAUUAUAUAUAGUACUUGAGCAUUGAAUUCCUUUUUUUGCAUAUUGAUGGAUGUUUAACAUUUUAUUUCCAUUUAAUAUGGACCUCAUUCAGGGUAUACAAGAAUUGAAACUAGGAGUUAUUUUGGGCUAGUAAAUCAAUAUGUUUUUACAUACUGGAUUUUUUUUUCUUUUUCUUUUUAAGAUUUAUUUUUCCAUCAGCAAAAACAUUCCUUAAACGCUAAUUCCUUUUCUAAUUCAGCAGUUUUUAAGUAAAGUCCAGAUCCUUUUAGUUAUGUUGGACAUAUUUGUCUCCUGAAAUUUGUCUUCUUAUACAUCAAGAUAUUGUCUUCCCAUGUUUUAAAUGUAUAAUUGUAUAUCACAUAUUUUAUUAGUUGUUUAAUAAGGGGCAAUACCCAUCUAGCAAAUAGUUUUUAUAAAAUAAAAGUUUUGAUUAGUAAAUUUUAACUUCUGCAUUUGAGGGACUCUAAACAUGAAUAUGACUCCAGAAAUAUUUUCAUUUUUUACAGUUAAAAAUAUGUCUUACCUUUUAUGAAAAUUAUACACACACAUAAAGUAAUAAAAUGUUCCCUUUCUAGUCCACAUAAAAGACUUUUAUUUAGUUUUUACUAUGUGCCAGGUGCUAGGCCCGGGUUCAUGGCCUAAUUUCUGAAAUUUCUUUAUUUUGAAGGGUUUUUAACAACUCAACUCUAAAACCAUCUAGUCCUAGUGCUCAGCUGAGGACAAAUUUUUGGCAAACGGUUGGUCUUCCUGAGCUAUUUACCAUUUCUUGCAUGUUUUAGAAAUCCACAUCUUUCUGGAAAGUCAUCAGUUCUACUAAAGUUUUCUAACUUAUUGAUAUAAAGUUAUACAUAUUAU